AUGGCUCUGCCCCAGGCGCAGGUGAGCAGAGGCACCAACUGGUGCUGGAAGGGAGCGGGAGGAGAAGGACGAGGAGAGUUGGGUGACGAGAAGGGGUGCAAAGGUGGGUACCAGGUGAUGCCCGCAGCCUGCCGGGCCCCCGGGAAAGCCCCGGGAGAGCCAGGGUGCCCCCUGGCAGCCCCCCUGAGCAGCCUGCGGGAACACGGGGUCCCCGAGCUCCCCGAGCCCCUGGGCAAGAGUAGGAACAAGAAGCGGAGGAACAGGACGACCUUCAGCACCUUCCAGCUGGAGGAGCUGGAGAAGGUCUUCCAGAAGACACAUUACCCCGACGUCUACGCCCGGGAGCAGCUGGCGCUACGGACGGACCUGACCGAAGCCAGGGUGCAGGUCUGGUUCCAGAACCGACGGGCCAAGUGGCGGAAACGGGAACGUUAUGGGAAAAUCCAGGAGGUGAGAGAUGCCGCGGCGGUCGCCUGCCCCACGCCUGUCGUCCCCUCCGGGGCAGGGGUCUGGUUCCAGAACCGACGGGCCAAGUGGCGGAAACGGGAACGUUAUGGGAAAAUCCAGGAG